UGACACCUGUCGCAAAGAGGGCAGUCUGCCGCCGUGGUGUUGCCCCACAGAUCUCUUGGUGCCGGAGGGAAGAGGUGCAAUGUGCGAAGUGUCGGCCCCCGAGUUUCACAAUAGCUGCCCUCUUGCGAAAAAGGCCUGAGAGAUGAGCACCAGCAGAAGGAAGAGGCGCGACGAGACGCAGGCUCGUCAAGCGCCUUGGAAUGGCCGCGCCCCGCCCCGCCUCGCCUCGUCUCGUCUCGGACGAACCAUUCGACUCGAAUCAAUAUGAACCGAGUUGAAUCGAGUCCGAGGACUUGAAGGAGCGAUAUUGAGCCGUGGGAGCCCGCGGGCGGGCGGACUCUGUGUAUGGCUGGAUCUCCGCGGCGGAAUCAGAAUACCAUGAUCGUGGUCAUGAAAGACUGCAUUGAUCACAGUUUCCAAUUGGCGACGAGGCUCAUCGAGUAGCCCGUUAGUCGAAAGUCGACGAGGUUGAAUGACGCAGAAGCCUGCUUUGGAGUUUUAGUCUCUCGCGAACAUUUUCACUUACAAAAGUUUGCUCCAAUGUUUAACAAACUAUUCACGCAAAGCCAGGGGGCCGGGGCCAUGAGCCCUGCGGCUACCCCGCCUCCCGGUGGUAAACCAAGAGCAGAAAGUGCUCCUGCUCAGUACAACCACCCACAACAUCCACCCGCAGCAUCCGCUCUUUCCAGAAGUGCAUCUGCUCCAGUACAACCCAGGCAUAAGGUAUGGCUGGAGAGGCCGAAGUUCCCGGAUUUCAAAUUAGGCCCGUGCUUAGGGACAGGCAGCUUCGGUCGUGUACAUUUAGCUCAUUACCAACCACAGGUACAGAACCUUGUGUGCGCGACAAAGUCCCUGUCGAAGGCUUCGAUAUUAAAGACGAAACAGGUCAUCCACGUGAAGCAAGAGAAGGGAAUAUUACAGAAAAUAGAUUACCCGUUUAUCGUCAACUUGUUUGGCUGUUGCCAGGAUGAUAAGUGCGUUCAUCUUGUACUGGAGUACGUCUGCGGUGGUGAAUUUUUUACAUAUCUUCGCAGCACCGGAAGAUUUGAUGAGCAGACUACACGAUUUUAUGCAGCACAAGUUCUCCUGUCAUUUGAGUAUCUUCACGGGAUGGACAUCAUAUACAGAGAUUUAAAGCCCGAGAAUCUGCUUCUUGAUAACAAGGGGAAUAUCAAGAUUGCCGAUUUUGGGUUUGCCAAGCAGAUUGAUCGAAGAACAUACACAUUAUGUGGGACACCUGAUUAUUUAGCACCAGAAAUCAUCCUCAACAAAGGUCAUGGAAAACCGGUAGACUGGUGGGCGUAUGGCGUACUAAUUUUUGAGAUGCUGGCUGGCUAUCCACCCUUCUAUGAUGAUGACGCCCUUGGCACUUAUCAGAAAAUCUUGAGUGGAAGAUUGAACUUCCCAGGACAUUUCUCACGAAGUGCCAAGGAUCUGAUCAGGAGGCUCUUGGUUGCUGAUCUUACGAAACGAAUCGGUUGCCUGAAGAAUGGAGUGGAGGAGAUUAAAACACAUGCAUGGUUUUCAUCUACAAACUGGGACAACGUUUACAACAAGAAGGAUGCUCCUCCUAUAAGGCCUAAAGUCUCGGCGGAUGAUGAUGCUACAUGCUUUGAUGAUUAUUCGAAACUGGAGCCUAUGAAGCAUGAGUUUGUGCUCACUCCUGAUGACCAGAAAGUGUUUGAGGAUCUGUGAAAUGCUCUUAACCGGAACAUUCAGCUUCGUACGAGGCGCAACUGUCAGCGAUGACAGGGGUCCAAGUCACGAAGAAGGAGUUCUAGUUACAGUACUGCUCCGUGUCAACUGAUGUGCUUACAACAUGGUGCUCGCUGUUGUCCUUCAGUUUUUCUCCUGCCUUAAUAUUGGUCUCUGAAGGGGAUUGCAGACGUGCAUGCUCAUUAAGGAAGUUGAACAUUUGUGGAACGGAGUAUGUAUGAAUGAGACUUUUUUCUGUCCGGAUACUACUUUCCUAGUCACGGCAGUAAGUUUUAGGUGUAUUUCUCACAGCUUCCUUCAGUCACGAGUCACGAAUCGCUUAAACACGCACUACGAGCAAUUUGCACUUUACCCUGUAGCUUGGAGGUUUGAUAACGCACACCCAUCCUCCUUUGUGAGUUUUCAGGGCACAAACGUAGGCUUAUGCAGGUGACACUUAAAGUACAUGUCCAUGGAUCUAAAUGUCGUGGUAAAAAAAUUUAUUUGUCACUUCCUCUCUGCAGCAGCCAUACCCAAUGUCAAACUUCUUUGGCUUUUCGGUCCCGUCCCGUCCCGUCCCCCAAUUAGUAUAAUGUACUCUCGAAGCAACUGUUCUGAGGCUUGCAUAUCCGGGCGUUGUGCAUCUAAAUGCACAACGCCCGAAAUAUCCAAACUCCAAUGGGUUUCAGCACUCACAACCUACGAGCAACAAAACACGAGAAAACACUGAGAAACACUCCAGAGUGCAACCUGAGUCCUGAAC